AUGUCUCUCCCCAUUCCUGAGUGUAUGGAUCUAAUGAACCCAACUGGUUUAUCUAGUCGUACAGACGUACGUGAUGAUUUUAAGAAGCAUACAAUGCAACCAACAUGCACAGGGACGUCUGUUAUUGGAAUCAGGUUUCGAGAUGGAGUCGUUUUAGCUGCUGACAUGCUGGUUUCUUAUGGGUCUCUUGCCCGUUAUAUGGAUUUUGAACGCAUGUUUAAGGUUAACAAAAAUACUGUGAUGUGUUGCAGUGGGGAUGUAGCAGAUUUCCAAUUUCUCAAACAUUAUGUUGAAGAACAAACCCAUCUCGAAAGUCUGAUAGCUGAUGGUUUUCAAAUGAGUCCGCAUGCACUUCAUAGCCUUAUUACGCGCAUACUUUACAACCGUCGUAGUCGUUUGGAUCCAUUGUGGAAUACGUAUAUUGUCGGCGGUUUGGAGUCAGAUGGAAAACCGUUCUUAGGGUACUGUAAUAUGCUCGGAGUUUCAUUUGCCGAUAAUUAUGUUGCAACCGGUUUUGGUGCUUAUUUUGCCAUUCCUAUUUUGAGAGAAUGCGUGGAGAUAAAAGCGAAAGGCGAUCCAAACAAUAUAUCACAAGAAGAUGCUGUCGCGGCAAUAACAGGCUCUAUGAAACAAUUGUAUUUACGUGAUUGUCGUGCAUUCGAUACUUAUCAAAUGGCUGUUGUAACUAAAGAUGGUGUACAAAUUCAUGGUCCAUUAAAAUUGAAAUGUGAUUGGUCAAUCGCUGAAUACGUUCAUGGUUAUGACUAA